UGGGGGGGCGGACCGAGGGAGCUACAGAGCGGAUGCGAGAUUGAUUUAACAUAAAUAAACUUUAUCAGAAGUUAAUUAUGUCGUUAGUCUUCUCUGACAAAUCAAAAAUGUCCACAUGUGUCCGUGCAUGGCUUCUCCUGCUGGUUCUUCUCGUUCUGGCUCCUGCUGUUGUUGCAAGGAGAGGGAGGAGAAAUGUCCUUUUCAUCAUGGCAGAUGACUUGAGGACUUCAUUAGGAUGCUAUGGAGACUCUGUGGCAAAAUCACCAAACAUUGACCAGCUGGCAUCCAAAAGCCAAGUUUUUCUCAAUGCGUAUGCACAGCAAGCAGUGUGCGCUCCAAGUCGUACGUCCAUGUUAACCAGUCGUAGACCGGACACGACCAGGCUCUACGACUUCAACUCCUACUGGAGAACCCAUUCUGGAAACUACACCACCCUGCCACAGUACUUUAAAUCUAGAGGCUACUUCACCAUGUCUGUGGGCAAAGUAUUUCAUCCAGGUAUUGCCUCUAACCACUCUGAUGACUACCCCUACAGCUGGUCCAUCCCUGCCUACCACCCAGCUUCGUUUAGAUAUGAGAAAGAAAAGAUGUGUAAAGGAGAGGAUGGUAAACUCCACGCCAACUUACUGUGUGCGGUGAACGUGACUCAGCAGCCCGGGGGAACCCUCCCUGACCUGGAGAGCACGGACGAGGCAGUGAGGUUACUGAAGAGUCGGGCCGACGACGACGUUCCUUUCCUCUUGGCGGUGGGCUUUCACAAACCACACAUUCCCUUCAGGAUACCUCAGGAGUACCUGAGUCUAUACCCCAUCGACCAGAUGACUCUGGCCCCUGACCCCGAUGUCCCUACACUCCUUCCACCUGUGGCCUACAACCCCUGGGCGGACGUGAGGAGGAGAGACGAUGUCCAGAAGCUCAACGUUAGCUUCCCCUAUGGGCCGAUUCCUAAAGACUUUCAGCUUCGUGUCCGUCAGCACUAUUACGCUGCCGUGUCUUACAUGGACGCUCAGGUCGGGCGGCUGCUCAGCACUCUUGAUGAGCUGGGGCUGUCUGACAGCACUCAGGUGGUGUUCACCUCAGAUCACGGCUGGUCAUUAGGAGAACACGGCGAAUGGGCUAAAUAUUCAAAUUUUGAUGUUGCAACACGCGUCCCCCUCAUCUUCUACGUUCCUGGGGUCACCACCCGCCGCGAUUGGCUGCGAGCGUCAACCUUUCCCUUUAUUAAUGUCCUCAACCAGUCAGAGCACAGCUUUAAGAAUGACAAAGUUGUAAGAAACGUGGUGGAGCUGGUGGAUGUUUUUCCUACCGUCUCCUACAUGGCUGGCCUCAGAGCACCUGAACCUUGUCCUGACAUUUCUUUCCAGGAGGAGUUGUGUACAGAAGGAGACAACCUGGCCUACACCUUCCGACACCGAGAACGAGGAGAGGAUGAAGAAGCCAUAGCUUUUAGCCAGUACCCUCGACCUGCUGCUACACCACAGAUCAACUCUGACCUUCCCGACCUUAAAGACAUAAAGAUCAUGGGUUACUCUCUGCGCUCCUGGGACUACAGAUACACUCUCUGGCUGGGAUUCAACCCUCAAACAUUUCAGGUGAACGUGUCAGAUGUCCACGCUGGGGAGUUGUACAUGUUAGCCGGCGACCCUGGUCAGGAUAAGAACAUCUACAGCGACUCUGACCACAGUGUGAUGAUGAGGAAGAUGGCCAACCUGCCUCGGACUGUGAGUGUGCAGAUGAGAAUGAGGCUGCAGCUCCUCUACCUCUCAGUGGGGAGGAAAACGAGGAGAGGGAAGGCGUGAUGACGGGAAUAAAAGGGCAACAGAUGGAGACGAGUACAAAGGGAAGAUGGAUGGAUGGACUGAUGAAAAACUAUCCAGAAAGGGAGAAUGCCUUGAAUAUUUCUUCUAAUGUAAUGCCUACUUGAUUUGGUAUUAUGUGGUAUCACUAUUAAUCUUUCAGGCUCAGCCCUUCAGACUAUUGUCCCUUGGGAAGAACUCAUUGGCAGGCAGAUCUGGGUUCAACACAUGAGCAAAGUGAAUAAAAGCACAUUUCUUUUUGACAAAGAGAAACAUCCAUAUAUGCACAAACAUUUCUGAUUGGUUUGUCUUCCUGCUGCUAAACACAACGACCAGUGUUUUCAUCAUCAUUUCACUCACUGCGCCUGUGAAGAAAGUUCCAUGUUUUGUUUUGUACAGUCUGAACAAUGGAGAUUUAACCUUUUUUUUUUUUCUGGAUUUGCUUCCAGUAUUCAUGCUAAGCUAAGCUUACUGGCAGCUGGCCAGACAAAAGAAAAUCAAAUGGCAUAUUUCAACUAUUCCCUUAACACCUCUAAUGGUGGCAGCUGACCCAAGAUCUCUUUUUUCAGACAACUUAACCCAGAAUAAUAACUCUUAACGGACUCGCCUGAUUGGCCGUGAAAGAACCUUCUCCUUUGUGAAAACGAUUACAUCCCAUUUCAUAAGCUGUUAUCUCGCAAAGUCACAUCAUCUGAAGGAAUAUUUGUUUCUUAUCAGUUUGUCUCUUUGGAGCCAGAACCUCCUUUGUGUUCUAUUGAUCAUCCAUCUGCCUCUGGUGUCGUCUCUCCGCUUUAAACAGCUAAAAGGGACUUGCACAGUUUUGCACUGUACUGUUAAACAAUAUGACAUUUCUAUUUGCACUCCGUGUCACUUGCUGCUAUUCGCCUUCCCUCCUUGUAAACAGUCGGUUCAGAUCAAUUUGCAGACCCAGAACGAAGUGAGUAAAAGCCACCCUUAAUAAUUGGAUGCAAAUGAAACAGACUGGAGCGACGUCGUACUGCUGUUCCAAUGCAUGCGCCGUGGCAAUUUUAGGAGAAAGCAAUUUCAGCUUGAAUUUCAGGUCCAACAAUGAAUCGCAGGGAUUCGGUCUGUCAACUUUUAUUGUAGGCUACACAGGCUUCAUGUUAAUGGGAUGCAGUUGAUUCAUGUUAUCAGCAUGGAUCAUAUGUCAGGCAAAGUCUUAUUGAAUUAGCUCACUUGUUUUCUUUUGUUUUUCUUUCCCCAGUUGACCUAAUUGCAUUUGUGACAGUUUUUUUUCCUGUAGCAUCAGUGGUUUGCUGCUGUCCCUGCGUCCCUUAACAAUAGAUAUAAGCAGUAAUUUAUCCUGUUCAUACAGAGAGAUACUAACAUGGAUAGACGAGCUUAUCCUCGGGUCUGGUUGCGUCAGUGCAGCUUCCAAUCUCCAGCUUUCUGAAGGGAAAAUAAAAAAUAAAUGCUGCAGAAAUAAUUCAAAUAUAUAGCUUGGCGAGGACAUGCUGUUAAUAUAUUUAUGUCUGAUUCAAUAAGUUUGUGGGAAAAAAAUAAAAUAUUUUU